UGCUAGAAUAUCUAUAGAUAAAUAUAGCUAUAAAGGAAUUAUAUUCACAGGUUUUUCUGGUAUUUUUGAAUCCAUGGAUGUUUCAAGACAUCUUUCAAAGGCAGAUGUUGUUUUAGGUCAUGUUGUAGUAACUAUGUUUGUAAUAUAA